UAUUACGUACCAGGUUUGUAAGUCUGCCUAACAAGGCUGACAACCUUGGUGAAGUGAUUCCGCGACGUCGCGAUUCAAGCUGUGCCGAUGACUCAUCGGCUAAGAGAAAGGGGCAUACCAUUAUUUGGCGAUGGUUUAACAUAGUCCAUGGCUGAAGUCAAGACAUUUGACUACAAAAGCGUCGCUGUCAUCCUUACAAUUGGUGGUUGAUAAGCUUUGAGCAUCAUCAGCUCCCAUAUUCCACCGUCUGACUUCAACUGAUUAUCCUCAAACUUUCAAAGCUACAUCGGCACGCUGGCAAACUCGAGAUUCAACAUGAGAUACUCACUGGGAAAUGUUCUCACCUUGGCGCUUUUCGGAACCACGAUCGCAUCCUUGGGACCACUCCGGCUCCCUCACAUCACCUACCCUUCCAAUGUUGGGUGUGGUGAAAUUAACGUCUUCUAUACGGGGCUUCCUGCUUAUCACCCAUACGUGAUUGCGCAGCACUAUGACCCUGUUGAUGUUGAUAAGGAACUUCGGAAUGACACCGCCGCACUCGUGAAGGCCGGCUUCAAUGUCUACGUUUUGUUCCAAGGCCCGGACCAGCCAAUCGCAAGAAUCGCUGACCGAAUGAACGGCACCCACUGGGGUGUGACUGGCGUGGGAUUCGGCCAAAGGGGCGCGACUAUUUUGGACGUUGUAACUCGUUUUGAAGACAACCUCCAUCAAUUUCGCGAGAAUGCGCCCUUGACCCCAACGGUAUUCAACUGGGGUCCCACCACGCUGGCCGCCUCUGUGAUCCGACAUGUGGCUUUGAAGGAAGACUGUUCUAAGAAGCCUGGAAAAUUGAUUGUAGUACUUUAUGAAUACCCAAGUUAAGAAACCAAGAUGCUGACUUUGAAUGAUUCAGGCUUAUGAGGAAGUAUGCCCCCC